CGUCCACCUCGUUCUCCUGCGUUCACAAUGUCGGAGCAGUGAAGAGAGGAGGCAAAGACAUGGGCCUGAGAAAUCUGGGCGGGUGUCUCUCCACCGCCUCCACCUCCAACACGUCCUCGUCUAACAGCACUGUGUCCGACUGCCGAGCAAGCCUGUUCAAACCUCUCCGCUGUGCCUCCUGCUCUGGCGAGGCAGGAAACUUCGAGAGUCCUGCAAUCCUUCGCAAAAAGCUAGUCGGGGGAUGCCUGCCCUGUACCCCGCUGUCCUCCUCCGCGCCUCUGCGGGCGAUUCAAAGCUGCGUCACGGGCUGCAACCCCAAAGCCUCUCAGACAGGCAGCUCCACCUGCAGCUACUGCAGCAGCGACCCCAUAGUGGUGACAUUUAACCCUCGCAGAGGCAAACCGCCUGGAAGAAGUGUCGGAGGAGCUCAUCCAAUGGGUAUGUUUCAAGCUGAUGACGAUGACUACAGCGUGCGUACCAUCUGGCCUGAAGAGCUGGCCAAGAAGAUGACCCAUUCGAAAGCCCAAAAGAAUCACUGUGCCGGGAUCGGAGUCAGAGUCGGGAAGACGUGUGCAGCCCAGAACGGCAGUAAUGGAACAGGCCUCGCCCUCCUGGACUGUCAAAACCUCCAGGAAUAUGCACACUCUCAACUAACAGAUCGCGCAGGCAGACGGCGUCUUCAGCAAGGGAAAAUGGCUGCCCUCGAUUUUAUGAGCCGCAGAUCGGGAUCCGGGUACGACGAAGGCCAGAACUCGCUCAAGAGGCUCCUUAACAAAGCUGAAGAUGGAACAGAGCAAGACGGAGACGCAGCAUAUCUACAUUCCCCCUCUCCCCGCUCUGCAUCCCCGCCGUCCCCUGUGUCCUUUUCGCCUCCGCCGUCCGCCCCCACCACGCUCAUCAAACCCAAACCCUGGCAGAGAGACAGGGACGGAGGAGGACAUUCCCUGCCGUCGGCUCAGUCACUUCACCUGGCCCUCAACUCCCUGAACAGAGAGCAGGACGAGGAAAACAGCAGAAUGCACCUUUCUCUGCCGCUCUCCUCCUCUCUACCGGCCUCUCUGUCUGAUGAGACCGUGAUGACACCUGAUGCCGAGAACGCCGUGGUCAGUCCCAUCCUGCCCUUCCUGUUUCUGGGGAACGAAAGAGAUGCCCAGGACCUGGACCUGCUGCUGCGCCUCAACAUUGGCUACGUGGUCAACGUGACAACGCACCUGCCGCUCUACCACGUCAACUCUGGGCUGCGCUACAAAAGGCUGCCAGCCACUGAUAACAGCAAGCAAAACCUCCGACAGUACUUUGAGGAGGUUUUCGAGUUCAUUGAGGAGGCAUAUCAGAGUGGACAGGGAGUGUUGGUACACUGCCAGGCGGGCGUGUCCCGUUCUGCAACAAUUGUCAUCGCCUACCUUAUGAAGCACACCCUCAUGACAAUGACAGAUGCUUACAAGUAUGUGCGGAGCCGUCGUCCCGUGGUGUCCCCGAAUCUAAACUUCAUGGGCCAGCUUCUGGAGUUCGAGAGGGACCUCAACUCCGGGGUGACUCCUCGCAUCCUGAUGCCUAAACUCAACGGCGUGGAGACGCAGGUGUGAGGAAAGUCGGGAGGGUUUCUGCAGGUAAAGAAGAAAUUAAAGUGGCAUUGAUGAGCGUCAGAGAAAGAGUGCAGCAAAUCAUAGAAGACAGACGCGAUGAGAAAUAUUACAAUUGGAAAUCGGUGGUGUGUCUGGCAAUUAGUGCACUUUUAAUACUGUGAAACACGAGACAAAAAGACUGGAUGCAUCAUUUGUUUAACUCUUAGACAACAUGAUCAUCAUCCAGUGUACUGUUUAUAAGAUAAUGUGCCAAUAUUUUGUAUAGACCUAACAUCACUCUCAGAUAUCUCUUUUUUUCUGAUGUCUCCUCCUUUUGGUUCCCAUCGUUUACAUCCACAAACACAAAUACAGUGACUUUGCCAUUAAUCAUAAAUGCAUGCACAACGCAAACAUGGAGAGGGUUCACCGAUAAAGUCCUACUUCAACUAAAACACCACUCUGAUGUUUCCACCACAUGUAGCAACACACAGGUUAUUACAAUGCACUUUACUUCCCAUGCAUUCGUUUUAUUAUCAGCAGCUGAAAUGUCACAAGGAUGAGGAGAAUCAUCACACGGACCUCAGUCACUGUUUUCGGUUAAUAUUAUCAUGUAUGUUUUUUUUUUAAUUUUUUUGGAAACUGUGCAAUAGAGCCACGCUGAAGGAUGUGAGUAGCAUUAACCUGGGAAACCUAACGCAGAAGUACAGUGGCCCUGAGGGUCAAAACACAACAACAUUUCCUAAAAUAUUUCAUUUUCCAAAACACAAC